AAAUCGUCAGACCGCCUGAGUCUGUUCGGGUCCGGCUUCUCUGGGACGCUCGGGAAGAGCGGCAAGAGCAGGAAGCCGCCGCCGAAACUCGCCACGUGCGUAGAUCGUCCGACGACCGAGAAGAGCGAGGACGAGAAGCACACACAUCAUGGCACGUUCUCCAGGAUCCGUGAGCGGCGGGCGUCCAGCAGGCCGUCUACCGCGGACGGGGCCGCUAAGGAGAAGAAGGCACCGCCGCCCUCCAUCAAGGAGGUGAAGGAGCCCAAAGAGAAGGCGGAGAAGACCGCGGAGAAACCCAAGGAGAAGGCUGAGAAGGAGAAGACUAAGGAGAAGGACACGGCCGUCCUGCGGAAGCGCACGGUGUCGACUGCUGAGGUGCCCAAGAUCGAUGUAGCGGCCAUGGCGUCCGCUGCUGGCGCACCAAAGCUGAAGCCUGGGCAAAGCAUCCUAGAACAGAUCGGCACGCCGGACUAUGAGGGUUGGAUGCGCAAGAAGGGUGACCGGUACAACGCGUGGAAAACUCGCUAUUUUGUGCUCAAGGGUCCGCAUCUUUACUGCUUGCGGAACAAGAGCAAGUCGGAGAGCAAGAUCAAGGGUUAUAUCAACAUCGUGGGUUACAGGGUCGUUGCGGAUGAGACCAUUGAUCCGGGGCGGUAUGGCUUCCGCAUCGUCCAUGAUACCGACAAGACCCACUACUUCAGUUCUGAGGAGAAGCCAGUCGUUCGAGAGUGGAUGAAGGCGCUCAUGAAAGCGACAAUCACGCGAGACUAUUCCGACAUUGUCGUGUCUUCAUGCAACAUUCCGACGAUCCCGCUCACCGUGGCCCAAGCGAUGAACCCCGCACCUCGACCGCCUUCGCCAGGCGCGCGCGCGGCUACCCAGCGUGCAAUGCGCCCAGAUAAUCCACACCAACUAACCCAGCGUGAUGCGCAAGUUCUACUGAUGGGUGUGCAGGCCAAGGACAAAGGAGCGCUAAGCGUCGAACGCGCACGGCUGGACUCAUUCUUCACGAACGACACCGUCUCGAUUACGGGUACGGAGCCGGGAUCACCUAAGUUGCCAGUCGCUGCCAAGGUCCCACCACGGCCAUCGAGGGAGCUAAGACGGCUGAGCUCACAGCCCGAAUCUGUAAGGACAUCCGUUGACGCUGACCUGAUGGAAUGGGCCAAUGCUCAUCUCCCGACUUCUCUGCAAAUGCUAGAUCCCACAGGACCUAUUUUUGGUGGCCUGGCUCUUCUCCGGUUGGCAGAGGACAUCAAGGGCAAGCCAGCAUCACCGCGGGUGCCUGAUUCUGCGUUCCCGUCGGGUCCCAAUGACGACAAGCUAGACGGACUAUUCAAGCUGUUCGACUUCCUGCUUGACAACGACGUGAAGAUGGGCACAGUCAGUAUCAACGAUAUUCGUCAGGGGAGGAAGGACAGGAUCGUGCAGCUGCUACGUGCGCUGAGAGCGUGGGAAGACAAGCGGAAGGCGAUCGCCCAGUCACUUGGUCCCGGCGCAACACCGGUUGGUGCGUACAUGGCCAUGGCGGGUCCAAUUAGCUAUGGACCCAAGGCAUAA